AUGUGUGUGUGUGUGUGUGUGUGGUGCCUGGUGGCCCUACUGCUUUGCUGUGUGGGUGUGGCUCAUGCUGCUGAUCCACAACACACCGCUAGAAUGGUGAAGAGGGCGGAUGAGAUGGCUAAGGAGACUAUGAAACUGAAAGAGGAGUGCGAGAAUGUCGCCACGACUGCUGAAGGGGCCGCCCGAAAUGCCACAGUGUUUGCCAUGCGCAGUAUAUAUUAUCUCGACCAAAUUGCUGCUAACACAACAGAGGUGGGGAUGGAGACGAAGAAGGGUAGUGAACUCAUUGAUAGUGCAACGGAGGCCGCAGCCGAAGAAGAGGAAGCGUCUGGCACAACUAUAACGCAAUCAGAAGAGACUAUUGUUACAGACGCAACUGCUGUUGAAGAAGCAGAAAAGGUUUUAAACAACAUGGCCGACGGUAUGUGUGGAGGCUGCAUUGGCUGGUAUGGACACAACGAAUAUGAGAGCAAUUGCGAUAGAAGCUGUCAACGACUCGGACCUGUCACGCAGAGCGGCAAUUGCAGCUUACGUUGCUGA